AUGAAGGUGAGCGGCUCGGUGAAGAAGCUCGGUGACAGCUUCUCCUACGGCUGGCUCAAGCAGGCGCCGCCUUCCUUGGACCGCCUCGCCGCCGACGCCCUCGGGAGCUCAAGGUCCUCCUUCAUCUAUAUGGAGGAUCUCACCGAGCUCUUCUCCAUGUGGUGGACCACAGUGACGCCGAGCGACUUUGACUUCGGCGUCCCGGUGCCCGGAGGAGGUGCCGCCUCCCCCGAGCAACUGGUCAUCGCGAGCCAGAUCUUCCGCGGGGUCCGCCUCCUCCCCUGCGAGCCGAGCGGCUGCUACGGUGCCUCUGCGAAACAAGAUGGCCGCGGCUCGGUGGCCCGUCGUGCUAUGGACGUCGUGCCGCGGUUGUCACCUCCGCCAUCGCCAUUGUUUCACUCGGCGCAGAGCACGCCGCUGUCGCUGAGCGGAUGCUCCAGCGCGACGAGCAAGCACGCUGGUCAGCGCCCGAUGACGAGGCGGCGCGGCCCAAAUAUAAUUAGUCAUGGUGAUUAA